CAGUUGGCUAGCUCUGGAAAGCGUGAGGCUCUCAAGGAGCUCCUUGCAUCCCGUCUGGCUUCUUGCGGCUGGCGUGACGACGUAAAGCAGCGCUGCCGAGAGUACGUGACCAAAAAAGGUCGCGAAACCGUCACAACCGACGACAUCGUACGUGCCGUACGACCUGAGGGUCGUGCAACCGUUCCUGACAGCGUGAAGGCCGAACUGCUUGCAGAAAUAAAAAAGUUCAUCCUUAGCAUCUGA